AAGGGAAAUGGAAGAUUGAAACGGUACCAACUGAUCAAAUAAAUUUAAUUUGUGGUCAUUCGUUUCCUUCGUCUCUGCUCUCCAGUUCGCUUCUAUCAUCGGAAGCAAAGUUCGGUUGUCCCCAAAUCCCCAAAUCUUUACGCACAAUUGCCCCGCCCUUUGCCUUCCCCGCAACUUCGUUUCCUCCUCUACCGAAACCCUAGCCUCCGUUCUGCCCCCUUCGGCAUCACGAUGCCGGGCCUCGUCGCCCCUCCGGAAGUGACGCCUCUUCGGAUCGACAUCCCCGUUGACGACCAAGAUCCAGCUUCGGUGCCUAAGGCGCCAUCUCCGGUCCCCAAGAAAACGCCAUCCACGACUCCCACCUCCUCCCGUGCCAGGUCCGCCGAGCGCGGCUCCUCCUCCGCCGGCAAGCGCCGGAUGUCCCUCGGAAGGUCCAACUCUGCUGCUGCUGCGACUACUGAUCUAGUCCCGGCUACGAUGGACGAGACGGCACUGGAUAACCCGGAUCUGGGACCAUUCUUGUUGAAGCUAGCGCGCAGAUCGAUCGCGUCUGGGGAGGGGCCGAGCAAGGCGCUGGAGUGCGCAUUGCGGGCGUCGCAGUCGCUCGAGCGGUGCGGAGGGGACGAGCGGCAGCUGGAGUUGGCUAUGAGUUUGCACGUCGCGGCGGCGAUCUACAGCGGGAUGGGGCAGCACGAAGAGGCAGUGGCGGCGCUGGAGCGGGCGGUGGGGGCGACUGAUCCGGAGCGGGGUCCUGACCACGCGCUCGCUGCAUUUUCCGGCUACAUGCAGCUGGGAGACACCCACGCCGUGGCCGGGCGGAUGGAGCAGUCCAUCGCGUGCUACACCAAGGGGCUCCAGAUUCAGAUGGAUGCGCUCGGCGAAGCCGAUACAAGGGUCGCCGAGACCUGCAGGUACCUGGCGGAAGCUCACGUCCAAGCGAUGCAAUUCGACGAGGCCGAGAAGCUAUGCUACAAGACCCUAGAAAUCCACCAGCACAGCGCCCCGGGGUCCUUGGAGGAGGCUGCCGACCGUCGCCUCAUGGCUCUCAUAUGCGAGGCCAAGGGCGACCACGAGGCCGUUCUCGAUCACCUCGUCCUUGCUUCUAUGAUUCUCAUCUCCCACGCCCAGGACGUUGACGUGGCUGCCGUCGAUGUCGGUAUCGGAGACAGCCACGUCGCCCUUGGCCGAUUCGACGAGGCCAUCUUCUCCUAUCAGAAGGCCCUCACCAUCCUCAAGUCCACGAAGGGAGAGAAUCACCAGUCGGUCGCUUCUGUUGUUGUCCGCCUUGCCGGCCUGUACUUUAAGACCGGAAAGCUCCGCGAGUCGAAAUCCUACUGUGAGAACGCCCUGAAGAUCUACGCAAAGCCCCUGCGUGGUUCCUCUAACGAGGACCUUGCCGGAGGUAUGAUGGAAAUCGCGGCCAUUUAUGAAGCAAUGAGCGACCCGGAGGAGGCAUUGAAGCUGCUGCUUAAAGCACUCAAGCUUCUGGAGGAUGCACCUGGGCAAUGGAGGACGGUGGCAGGGAUCGAGGCCCAGAUGGGAGUAAUAUAUUACAUGGUUGGGCAGUACAACGAGGCAAAGAGCUCAUUCGAAAGUUCUGUGUCCAAGUUAAGGACAAGCACAGAGAGGAAAUCAGCCUUCUUUGGAGUUUUGCUGAACCAAAUGGGCUUAGCGUCCCUGCAGUUGUUUAAGGUCGAUGAGGCAGCCACGCUUUUUGAGGAAGCAAGGGCAGUUUUGGAGAAGGAAUGUGGGACGUCCCACAAGGAUACCCUUGGGGUCUGUAGCAAUCUUUCUGCCACUUAUGAUGCCAUGGGAAGGGUGGAAGAAGCAAUUGAGCUUCUGGAAAGUGUGCUUAAGUUAAGGGAAGAGAAGCUCGGUACUGCAAAUCCUGAUUUGGACGACGAGAAGAAAAGGUUAGCCGAGCUUCUAAAAGAAGCAGGCCGGUCAAGAAACAAGAAACAAAAUCCUCUUGAAAACCUUUUGGUCACUAAUUCUCAGAGAGCGAAGGACGUUAGGAAGAAGUGGUCAGCCUUCGGGUUUAAAGGUUGAGAGAAAGCAAGCCCGUCAUUGGCUUCCCUUGUAAAUAAAAAUGCAUCGUAAAGGUUCAAUAGAGAAAUUUGGUGAUUCCUUAUUGUCUGGGACUCUUUUUUUUUUUUUUGCCUUUUUUGCUUUUCCAUUGCUUUCAUGUUUUAUUCAUUUUGCUCUUUUUAUCAUUUCUGGGAUAUACUUUAUUAUGUGAGAUGGGUGAAACUCUUGUUAUUAAAGACUCCUUUAGUGAUGAAUAAUUUUUGUUAAUUUUUUUUCA